UUUCCUCAAUAUAUUGAAUCUGACGAGGAUUCGAAGAGAAAGAGAGAGAAAGAAGAAGAAGAAGAAGAAGAGUCUUCGUUUUUGAAGAUGUCGCUGCUUUCAGAUCUCAUCAACCUCAACCUCUCUGAAACCACAGACAAGAUUAUCGCUGAGUACAUAUGGAUUGGUGGAUCAGGUUUGGACAUGAGGAGCAAAGCAAGGACCCUCCCAGGACCAGUGAGCGACCCUUCACAACUGCCCAAGUGGAAUUAUGAUGGUUCCAGCACAGGUCAAGCUCCUGGAGAAGAUAGUGAAGUGAUCUUAUACCCACAGGCCAUUUUCAGAGAUCCAUUCAGAAGGGGCAGCAAUAUCCUGGUUAUCUGUGAUGCAUACACUCCUGCUGGAGAACCCAUUCCCACUAACAAGAGACAUGCUGCUGCCAAGGUUUUCAGCCAUCCUGAUGUUGUAGCUGAAGUACCCUGGUAUGGUAUUGAGCAGGAAUAUACCUUGUUGCAGAAAGAGGUCAACUGGCCUGUUGGGUGGCCUAUUGGUGGUUUCCCUGGACCACAGGGACCAUACUACUGUGGUAUUGGAGCUGAUAAGGCUUUUGGCCGUGAUAUUGUGGACGCACAUUACAAAGCCUGCCUUUAUGCCGGUGUGAACAUCAGUGGAAUCAAUGGAGAAGUGAUGCCUGGCCAGUGGGAAUUCCAAGUUGGCCCUUCAGUAGGUAUCUCAGCUGGUGAUGAGGUGUGGGUUGCUCGUUACAUUUUGGAGAGAAUCACUGAGAUUGCUGGGGUGGUCCUUUCCUUUGACCCCAAGCCAAUUAAGGGUGAUUGGAAUGGUGCUGGUGCUCACACAAAUUACAGCACUAAGACCAUGAGAGAGGAUGGUGGCUAUGAAGUGAUCAAGAAAGCAAUUGAUAAGUUGGGGUUGAGACACAAGGAGCACAUUGCUGCUUAUGGAGAAGGCAACGAGCGUCGUUUGACAGGAAGACACGAGACAGCUGACAUCAACACUUUCUUAUGGGGAGUUGCAAACCGUGGUGCUUCUAUUAGAGUUGGGAGGGACACAGAGAAAGAAGGGAAGGGUUACUUUGAGGACAGAAGGCCUGCAUCUAACAUGGACCCAUAUGUUGUCACUUCCAUGAUUGCAGACACAACCAUUCUCUGGAAACCAUGAGCCAAUGUUACAGGACCAUUUGCUGCAUGCCUAUGAAAGUCAUGGUUGUUUCUAUUUCCUGAUUAGGAUUUGGUCAUUGGUUUUUAUUGUCUUUUCCAUAAUUUUACUUUUGUGUUCUUGUUAUGGCUGGCACAUGGUGUGAGGCCUUGUUUGUUGGUACCAACUACCAAGGCUAGUUCAUUGCUUGCUAUUUCUCUCCCUCAUUUUCUGAUUUAAGCAUCAAAAUAAUAAUGUUAUGGUUAUCAAUGAAAAAGAUGAUUGUCGAGUAUAUGAAUAAUAUAUGAAAUUGACAUGUUCA